AUGACAACAAAUGAACUGAAUUACACGCCAAUUGAAAAGUUGUGUUUGGCGCUAGUCUUCUCGAUUCAAAAGCUGAAGCACCACUUUCAAGCUCAUAGUGUUAACCUUAUUUCCAGAGAAAAUCCCAUCAAGUUUGUGAUGUCAAAACCAGUCCUCAGUGAUCGACUAGCAAGGUGGUACUUCCAGUUUCAACAAUUUGAGAUUACAUACAUCCCUCAAAAGGCUAUAAAAGGACAGGCAUUGGCGGACUUCUUAGCGGAUCACCCGAUACCUGAUGAUUGGGAGCUAACUGAUGAACUUCCCGAUGAACAUUCAAUGGUCGUUGAAAUUCAACCACCGUGGAAAAUGUACUUUGAUGGUGCUGCACAACGUGAUGGAGCUGGUGCUGGUGUGGUGUUUGUUACUCCGCAGAGAGAAGUUCUACCAUACUCCUUUACUUUGACACAACGUUGCUCCAAUAAUGUCGCUGAAUAUCAAGCACUAAUACUUGGACUCGAAAUGGCUGUCGACAUGAAACAGUUGCAGUUGCAAGUCUUUGGUGACACUCAGUUGGUGAUCAAUCAACUCUUGGGAAGCUCUGAAGUCAAGAAGCCUGAAUUACUCCCAUAUCAUGGUUAUGCUCAGAAGUUGAUAGGAUGGCUUGGUGAUAUGACUCUUAAGCACGUUCCAAGGAAGGAAAAUAAGAAAGCUGAUGCUCUAGCUUUAACGUUAACUCUGCCAGAUCAAACACAAGUGACUAUCUACCAGAAAUGGGUAGUACCUCCGCCAAAUGAGGAUGAAGGCGCGAAAAAUGAGCUUGAGCAUCUCGUAGCUGUUUCUGAAGUUGCGAAGGAAGACUGGCGACAACCCAUCAUUGACUACUUGAGUUAUGAGAUACUGCCAGAAGACUCAAGAAGAAUAACUGAAAUUCAUCGUCCAGCAUCUCGAUUCUUUUGCUACAAGGAUACUUUAUAUAGAAGAUCUUUUGAGGGGGUACUCUUGCGAUGUUUGGGGGAAGAUGAAGCAGUCCAAGCUUUGCAAGAAGCACAUUCAGGAUUAUGUGGAUCACAUCAAUUUGGACCAAAGCUCCACUUCCACAUAAAAAGGAUGGGAUAUUAUUGGCCAACGAUGAUGAAAGAUUGCUUGGACUAUGCUCGAAGAUUUUUUGGUGCACACUUGUACAUCUUGGUUGUAACCGACUACUUCUCAAAAUGGGCUGAAGCUGUCUCUCUUAAAGAAGUGAAGAAGGAGAAUGUUGCAAACUUCAUCCGAGCAAAUAUCAUUUAUCGCUUUGGCAUUCCUAGUUACAUAAUAACAGACAAUAGCAAGCCAUUUGAUAAUAAAUUGAUGAACAAGAUUUGUGAUCUCUUCAGUUUCAAGCAGCGUAAAUCUUCUAUGUAUCAUGCUGCUGCCAACGGUCUAGCUGAAGCGUUCAAUAGGACGACUUACCGCACACCAAUGAGAUUAGCAUGA